AGCACCAUAUAAUUCCACCGCCGGCGAAAGAGAAAGGUACUGCCGGAGAAGAUGGCGCUGCUAAUGGAAAAAGGGUCAGAACCACAAACAGAAAGUGAACAAGCAGACCUUGAUGCCAUCUUUGCUCUCAAACAAUCUGCUGCUCUUGAACUCAAAGAAGAAGGUAACAAAUAUGUUAAGAUGGGAAAGAAGCAUUAUUCCGAGGCUAUAGAUUGCUACACACGGGCAAUAAAUCAGAAGGCCUUAAGUGAAUCCGAGACCUCAAUAAUUCUUUCUAAUAGAGCCCAUGUAAAUAUACUCCUUGGGAACUUUGGCCGUGCUCUUGCAGAUUCCGAGGAAGCCAUAAAGCUGUCCCCAACAUAUGUUAAGGCUUUUUAUAGAGCAGCUAAAGCAUCGUUAUCUUUGAAUAAGUUUUUUGAAGCAAAGGCCUUUUGUGAGAAAGGACUUGCUCAGGACCCAGAUAAUGAAGAAUUAAAGAAGCUAAAAAAGCAAAUAGAUUCACACAUAUCUGAACGUCAAGAACACGAGUCUCGUGUUUCCAGAUCUCUGUCUCAAGCAAAGGACCUAGUUUCAGCAAUUGAAGACAGAGGAUUGAGGAUCGGAAAGGCCAUGUAUCAAGAAUUAACUGGAUUGAAAAAGCCAAUCUUAGAUAAAGAUCAUAUACUUCACUGGCCGGUGCUUCUUCUCUAUGCGGAAGUUAUGUCUAGCGACUUCAUUGAGGACUUCUGUGAGACUGAUAUGUUUUCAGCUCAUCUUGACUUGAUAUUUUCUGAGAGUGCUGGUCCAUUGCCAUGGGAUAAAGAAAACUCUUAUACGCGUGAUGCUAUUGAGUUGUACUAUGAGGCAGGAUCAGGGGUUUGUUUGUCAAAGAAAGAAAUUAUUAGUAAUUUCUUACAGGGUACGGUAGCUUCCCAUAUUGAAACUUUUGGUGAUGAUGAGAUUGAUAAAUCUUCCCAUAAAGUAAUCUCCUCAGUUGGACAAGGCCAUUCCAAGUGGGUGAAAGUGAACGAGAAAAGAACCCUUCAUGCAGUUCUCAAAGAACAAAAUCUUGUUAUCCCUGGAAUCCCUGUUUUUUUUGUUGUUUCAAAGAGAUCCAGCGGCUUCUACAAAGACUUCAAAUCUGGAAAUUGGUCCCUUCCAUCUUGAAUCAAAUCGCACCUGAUCUGAUGAUGAAACAGUUAUGAUGAAACAUAUUGCUGCAUGUUCUGCUAUCUGGUAAGAGCAAGAUUCUUAGUUUAAUUGUUGUGCAUGUACAUCAAGUUAAUGUUUUUUAAAUGAAAAAAAAUUCAGCUAGAGCAGCCUUAUCUUAGUUUGCAAAUUCAGGUGAUGUUUACUUGUGAUAGUAACUGUCUGCUAAGCCACCUUUAGUCCUUUAUGAUAUAUGUUAAUAUGUAGAUGUUAAUACAGCAAUAUAACAGCAUAACUUAACUCA